AUGGGUGUGAGCCGUUGUAAGUGGAGGAGGGAGGAGUGGAGACCUGGGCUUCUUAUGGGAGCGUGGGAACACCGGUACACGGGCGGCUUCUGCGUCAGGGCAGCGGGCGGAACGAGGGUGGGAUUUUUUUUUCUGGCUCGCACCUUCGUGUCCAAGGGGGAAAGGGACCGAGAUGAAAGUACCAUGUACCUGUACUUCUGGAGGGGGCAGCGACAAGGAUGCAAAUUUCGGAGCAGCCACGCCACGCGCGCACACAGGCCAAAGUGGAGCUGAUGACGCUGGUCUCUGGCGAGGGUGUGAGGCCCUUGUCAGUUAUUUUUCGUACUGGGGGCCCUAGUGACGGUCGCUUUUGGAGAUGGUGGUUGGGUAGGUUGGUCGGAAAUGGGAGGGCGGAGAGGUGCCCGUUCUUUUUCUCUCA